AGAUAAGACUCUUCCUGAGUUGAGCUGUUUGCUGUGUGGGGCUCUUCUCUGCUGUGUCCGCUCCCGAGCCAUGGACUAAACCUGCACACACCGCUGCUUUGAAAGACUUGAGCCACAUUCCAAGAUGAGCGACCAAGAGAGCAGCUCCUCGGCCUCUCAGACAGAGGGAGAAUUUGAGGGAGACAUGGAGGGGGACGAAGAACUAGAGGAAGGAACAAAAGACUCGGCCCCCAGUCUGUCCUCCACCCUCCGCGCUGUCAUACGUAUCAAACAGAAGUACCAGGCCUUGAAGAGGAGGCGUGAGGAGAUGGCCCUGGUGCUUGGGGGACCCGGGACCAUCACAGGAGCUCCCGCUAGAACCAGCCCCAAAAUCUUCACCUUUGAUGGAGUCACCCCUUCGUCCGCUGUUCCUCAGAAGAAGAAGAGGAGAAGGAGGAGGCGCGUGAUGUAUCCUAAUGGAAAUAGGAAAAGAGCCCCCCCGAAGCAGGAGCGCAGCAGAGCCAAAUACUGCCUUUACCUGCUGUUUGCCAUCGUCUUCCUCCAGGUGUACAACGCCAUAGAGAACCUAGAUGACCACGUACUCAGAUAUGACCUGGACGGGCUGGAGAAGACCCUGAGGAGAGAGGUGUUUGGACAGCAGGGAGCAGUGGAAGGGCUGCUGUCCCACCUGCACGACUACCUGUCCACCUACGUCCACAACAAGCCCCUCGUGGUGUCCAUGCACGGCCCCAGCGGAGUGGGCAAGAGCCACUUGGGACGCCUCCUGGCCGGACACUUCCGCUCAGUGGUGGGGGAGUCACUGGUUCUGCAGUACUACGUCCUCCACCACUGCCCCCAGGAGGCCGACGCCCUGCAGUGCGCCCACAACCUCUCGACGCUCAUCUCCCAGAUGGUGGUACGCGCCGAGGAGGAGGAGAAGAUCCCGCUCCUCAUCUUCGACGAGGCCGAACACAUGCACGGGGAGAUCCUGGACGAGCUGUUGCAGCUUGUGGCCUCCAAGAAGUCCAAUGAAUACUUGAACGCCAUCUACCUGUUCCUAAGCAAUCUGGGUCAUGCCCACAUCACCAAACAUAUGUUACACAACUCCUCAAGUAGUUCUAUGGCGUUGACAGCAUCCAGUCACCAUAGUCACCUUGUAAAAGAGCUGACUCCAAUAUUACGCAACACUCUGGAGAAUCUUCACUUGCUGUGGACAGAGGUGGACAUCUUACCUCUGGGCCUUUUGGAGAAAGGUCAUGUGAUGGAGUGCUUCCUGGAUGAAAUGACUCGAGAGGGGUUCUACCCAGAUCAUACCAACAUAGAACGCCUCGCAGGGGAGAUUGAAUAUUACCCCGCUGUAGGGGGGCACGAAUAUUCCCAGAUGGGCUGCAAGCAAGUGGUGGCUAAGGUCAACCUGCUGUGAAGUGCUCUGCAGGAAAUGUCCGGAUGCUUCACAUGCUUUAAAUUAUGAAGAAACCGCUCGAGGGAAGUGAGUGGGUUUACAGAACUUGAAUGACACAUCUCAGAUUUUUUAAGAGCAGCGACAAACGAGAGGUUCUGCUGUGGGAAGAAGAACGAAACCAGUUCAGAAGCAAAACAUGUUUUUUCUCUCAGCUCUGGUGUUAUCUUUUCAUGCAGAUACUUAUGGCUUUAUGUGCCCGGUACCUUUUGAGCUUUCUGCCUCCACCCAAAUACAAUGAAAGUAGAAAAAAUGUCAUCUCAUGGCAAAAAUAAUAAUGUUAUUUAACUAUGUUGACAGUUAGGUCUAUAUGAUCCAGUGCAAGUUCUGCAGAUCUCUGGUGAUGACAGAUGAAUAAUUGAAGUUUUGUCCUGUCCUUCCUGUUCCCCUGAGGAUGAAUCCUGCUGAGUUAUUUUAUCCCCUGAAUGUUGUUGAUGUUCCACCAGCGAGUAGAAUGUAUCCCUUAUCUUGUGAAAUAAACUGCUCAGUCAAAUUAA